CAACAAGGGAACGUGGCUCGCUCCCUGUGAUGUCAUCAUCCUGCUCCGGGACCGGCGGAAGUUCGGGGAACAUUAAUAAUUUUGCCUGGUGUUGGAAAGAUGAGCGCCCAGCCCUCCACUUCCUCCACUCCUGGACGCUCCAAGAGUCCAGUCCGGGCCACUCUCAAGAAAGUCUUUGGGUUUAAUGCAUUCAGGACAGAUCUACAAGAGAGUGCUACACGCACUGUAGUGCAAGGUAAUAAAGAUGUGUUUGUCUGCAUGCCAACAGGAGCUGGCAAGUCUUUGUGCUACCAGCUACCCGCUGUGCUCGCCGUAGGGAUCACCAUUGUUGUUUCUCCCCUCAUUGCAUUGAUUCAGGAUCAGGUAGAUCACUUGCUGGCCCUGAAGAUUAAAGCUUGUUCCUUAAAUUCUAAGCUGCCAUCCCAGGAACGGAAGGCUAUUCUGCAGGACCUAGAGAGCGAGAACCCGAAGACCAAGCUGCUGUACAUCACCCCUGAGAUGGCUGCAUCCCCUUCCUUCCAGCCAACCCUCUCACUGCUGCUGUCUCGUGGCUUUCUCUCAUACCUCAUCAUAGACGAGGCACACUGCGUUUCUCAGUGGGGCCAUGACUUUCGUCCUGAUUACCUGCGUCUUGGUUCCCUGCGUUCCCGUAUCCCUCAAACUCCCUGUGUGGCCCUUACUGCCACAGCUACCAAGCAGGUGCAGAAUGAUAUCAUGGCCUCACUUAAGCUGCACCAGCCGGUUGCCAUGUUUAAAACCUCCUGCUUCCGAUCAAACUUGUUUUAUGAUGUACUGAUAAAAGAGCUGCUGGAUGAUCCGUAUGGCAACCUAAAGGAUUUCUGUCUCAAAGCCUUGGGAGAAAAAACACCCAAAGGGGGGUUCUCCGGAUGUGGAAUAGUGUAUUGCAGAACCAGAGAUGCCUGUGAGACAGUGGCUCAACAGUUGCGUUUAAAAGGGAUUGUAUCCAAGGCCUAUCAUGCAGGUCUCAAAGCUGCAGACAGAACAUCAACUCAGAACGAGUGGAUGGACGGAACUGUUCCUGUCAUUGUGGCCACUAUUAGUUUUGGAAUGGGUGUCGAUAAAGCCAAUGUGAGGUUUGUGGCUCAUUGGAAUAUUGCCAAGUCAAUGGCCGGCUAUUACCAGGAAUCGGGAAGAGCAGGUCGUGACGGCAAGCAAUCCUUCUGCAGAAUGUACUAUUCCAGGACAGAUCGUGAUCAAGUCAGCUUUCUGAUCAAGAAAGAAAUAACAGAAUCCCAGGUAAAGAGAGGGGACACUAAGUCUUCGGACAAAGCAGCCAUGGCAGGGUUUGAAGUGAUGGUCAGCUUCUGUGAGGAGAUGGGGUGUCGGCAUGCAGUCAUUGCCUCGUAUUUUGGAGAUGAGAAACCUUUAUGUAACAACGGUUGUGACACCUGCAAGAACCCGCGUGCUGUGAAACAGCAGAUUGAGCAGCUUCAGGGGCUGCUCAUGGGUGGAAAAAGCAGGACUUGCAUCCAGCAGCCUGGUGCACCAAGUGGAGCUUUCGGAUAUGAUCCAGAGCUAUAUGAGGGGGGCAGGACGGGCUAUGGAUUUGCCAGACUUGAUGAUGACGAUUCUGAUGAGGGCCAGAGAGACAUCACAGACGAACGAAAGAAAAAGUGGAACAGUUUCUACCAAAAACAAAUGAACCUGCGCAAGAGCAAAGAACUGGAAGAAUUCAUCCCUCCAGAUGAAAGCAGUCGGCUAAAAGAAGCGUCCAAUGACAAAAUCCCCAAGCUGACGGUGAAGGCACGGGAGCACUGCUUGAAGAUGCUAGAGGAAGCUUUGAGCAAAAAUUUGCAGGCUGCUGGUACAGAAUACAGUGCUGAUGUUGAAUCAUCUGCUGUUCAGCUAGAGUAUGAGGCUUUCCGUAGUAACAAGAUGUCCAAUUUGUACAAGGCAUCCGUUUUAAAGAAGGUAGCUGAAAUUAACAAAGCAUCUAAUGAUCGUGAGCUGCACGUUGCCUUUGGACCUAACAGUUCUGCUCCUAAGCAAGAGACUGUGGACCUACCAGCAGAUGGAUUUGUAUAUGCUUCCCAAGUGCAGAAAUUUAAGAAGACCAGAGUGGGGGCACCAUCACUUUUUCAGACUGCUUCUUCGUUGCUACAAACAUCCCAACCAGAAAUGAUGUUCCCACAGCCUGAUACUUUGCUAGAGGGCACCCCAGAGUCUGUGCCUAAGAGUGAUGACUUCCUGCCAGAUAACUCAGAAAAUAAGAAGGUGGAGAGCCCAAGUAAGGGCAAAAGACCCAGCAAGAAGAAGCAACAGCUUGCAACUGCCGCAAAGAAAGACUCGCAGAAGAUUUCCAAGUUUUUUUCAUCUCAGCGAAAGCCUCUGACUGGGAGUCCUGGAGACCCAUGUGAGGAUUUCCAAGGACUCAGCAUGAGCUCCAGUGAAGCAACUGUAAGCCAAAUACAAGAGAUUUCCAACCCCAUCUUAUUGAACGGACACCAGAACAGUGAGGGUCCUUGUAGCGCAACCUCAGAUUUGUUUUCAUCAGAUAGCACUAAACCUUUAGAUAUCACUGUAACUCAGCUGCCACCAUGUACCCAGGAGCUGAUGAGUGACACUUUAAGUCUACACCAAGUGCAAGUCCAGAAACCACAUAACAAUUGUAUUCCACUUAAAGUAUCUAAUGAACUUCAAGAACAUCCCAAAAGCCUUAAGGAUUCUAAAGAAGUUUCACUAGACUCGCCACCCUCACCACCACCGCCUCCUCCUCCACCGCCACCACCUCCUCCACCACCAAGCAGGCCAGAUACUUCUAAUGAAAGAGAAAAGAGAGCAGGAGAAAAUCAGGAUCCAGGCGGUCCACCAACGAAAAGAUCAAGGACGGAUGAGAAAUCAUCUUCCAUCCUGUUACAGCAAGAGAAAGGUAAUGUUGGACAGAGCAAGAAGAAAGUGACCUUUGACCCUAGCCUAUCCAAAGAAGAUAAAGAAGGGACAGCCAAAAUACUUCAGCCACCAGGGAACAAAGUGGUGACUCUGAAGGAGACAGCCGAUAUUGUUGUGAAAUAUCUUACUCCUUUCUUCAGGGACGGGAAGUUUGCAUCUAAGGACCUGUUUAAAAGCUUUGCACGGCAGCUCUCUCAUUUUCUAGCAGGCGAUAACAAGACCCCCCUGCGGAGGAAUGUAAAAGAAGAGUCCCAGAAGCUGAUCAAGACUUUUUUUAAGAACCGGAAAAACUGUGAAAGUGAGGAAGACUGGCAGGAUUUACUGAGCACUGCCACGUGAUGAUCUCCUAUCUGCCCAAACAAAAUGGGGGUGCAGAGCUGCAGAUCCUGCUCACACGGAAUAUCUAUGCAUAAACUGAGUAGACGCACUGCUACCUCAGCCUGCCGCGCUCAGCACUGAGAGGGGCGGCACACCUCCGAGGAUGGCGGUUGUUCUAUCUCUGGACAUGUAUAUAUAAUAGCGUUCCUGCUUGCUUUUUUUUUUUUUAUCUGGAUGUAUUUCCUGUCGAGUAACAGUUGCUGAUAUACCCCACACACUGAAUGGACAAGCUGCAGUAUAUAGUAUAUAUGAUUGAUUUUGUUCUUCUGUGAAAUAGUGACAGUUGACUUGCACUAAUAUAACUAUACAGCUGUGGUACUCAGGCUUAGGUCUGAUCAUGACCUGCAGAUCUAUAGACUGCUGCAUGUAUGGCUGCUGGUAAUGGGGACAGCGCCAUCUACAGUUCACCUGUGGUAUGGCACACAACUACAUGCUCAUUUCCUUGGGAUUUGGGGCUCACUAUUUAACUGCUGCUAUAUGUUUGUCCCUCAGUUUGCAAAUGUUGUAAUACUGGGUUAACCUAUUCAUGGCCUGAAAAUUCUUUUUUGGUGUAUGAACUGGGUUGAUUCUAUUUUUUUCAGGUAUUCUAUUUAAUCUCUUGGCUGGCAAAUACAUUGCAACCCUCACUGGCAGCCUAGGGGUUAACUUUCAGUCAUAUUAAAAUACAAACAAACAAAGAGCUGCUGUUUUUGAUAAUUUCAAUCUUCCCAUUGCAGGUUUCUAACUGAAAUUAAAAUAUCCUUAGAAAUCUUAAAAGUAUUUUUUUUUAACUUUGGGAUACAUACGUUUUGCAGUAUUUUGUUGUUGCUUAACAUCAUUGUUGUACAAUGUAUUUCAUGGGAACCACAGGGUUCAGAAAUUAACACUUUUUCAGUUGGAAGCCUGCAGUGGAACACUGAAACCUUAUAGAGACAUAAAACCCAAUCUUAUUGUUUCCUGAUUCCGAUAGAACAUUCCAUUUUACUUCUAUUAUCUUAUUUGCUUAGUUCUUUUGUUGAAAAGCAUGCCUAGGUAGUCUAGGUAAGUGAUUAGUGGCUGCACAUACGGUAUAUGCUUCUUGUCAUUGGUUCGCCCAAUGUGUUCAGCCAAUUUCUAAUUACUGCUCCUUCACCAAAGGAUAACAGAAGCAUGAAGCAUAUUUGAUAAUAGAAGUAAUGUGUUCUUUACAACUGAAUGCUUUAUCUGAAUCACCAAAGAAAAUGGUGGGUUUUAUGUCCCUUUAACAUUGUUUCAGGUUUGUGCAAAAAAAAUAAAAGGAAGAAACAGUGGUAAAAAUGCCUCAUUAGCCAUGAAAUACGGGGACUUAUUUAUGUUUGAGACAUGAGUGUUUAUGUUAAACGUCUAAAGAAGAGGAAAUAUUCAUUUUUUUGGUGAAUAAAAAACAAACAAAAAAAGCAAA